CGUGUGGACCACAGCUUGCUGCUGCAGCGGCGGAGGGGGACUCACACACUUAUCCGGCCACGGUCCCUCAGACUCACACACCUCAUCCUUUUACAGCAUCUACACAGACUCACCAAAAACAAGGGGAGGAAACAGGGACCGGUCUGCAGCACACGUGUGGAUCCAGAUAUCAUCCUGUUGAGCACCCAGACUGUCUGAAUUUGGACAAAACUGUUUUACAUCAUGGACAGGACAAGGAAGUGGGCGUCAGGCCUUGGAGUUGUCUUAUUUAUAGUCUUGAGACAACUGACCUUAGCACUGGAAGUGCCUCUUGAUCCUAAAGUACUGGAAGGAUUGCCCCAACCCCCCACCAUAACACUACAGUCUCCAAAGGAUUACAUCUUUGAUCCACGGGAGAACAUAGUCAUCCACUGUGAAGCAAAGGGAAAGCCUCAUCCCAGCUUUUCAUGGACAAGAAAUGGGACCCACUUUGAUGUAGAAAAAGACUCCAAAGUCCUGAUGAAGCCCGGUUCAGGAACUCUAGUCAUUGACAUCAGUGGGGAAAAGGCUGAGGCCUACGAAGGAACGUACCAGUGUACCGCUCACAACGACCAUGGCACUGCGGUAUCCAACAAUAUCGUCAUCCGACAGUCCCGGUCCCCCUUGUGGUCAAAGGAGAGAAAUGAGGCCAUUGUGGUGCAGAAGGGGAUCUCCUUGGUGCUGCAGUGCCGACCCCCAGCUGGGCUGCCCCCUCCUGUCAUAUUCUGGAUGGACAAUAACUUCCAGAGGUUGCCGCUGGAUAAACGUGUGUCCCAGGCACUGAACGGAGAUUUGUACUUCUCCAACAUUCUCCCAGAAGACACCAGGAGUGACUACAUCUGUUACGCUCGCUUCCCUCACACACAGACCAUCCAGCAGAAACAGCCCAUCUCAGUCACCGUGCUGGAAAUGGAAACAAUGAAUGAGACUGUGGCUGCUUUAUACAAUGUCACUGAUUUCUAUAGUGACAGCCCAGUGGGGGAGCGUCGUCCUGGUUUCAUGAUGCCUCUCGGUGUCACCAGCACCAAGAUGGUUCUGAGAGGGGAGACUCUGGAGUUGGAAUGCAUCGCUGAGGGCUUACCCACUCCUGAGAUCUCCUGGCAGAAGGAUGGAGGAGAGCUCCCCACCAGCAGGUUGUCCUACCAGAACUUUAAGAAAACGCUGAAGAUUUCUGAGGUGAAUGAAGGUGAUGCAGGUGACUAUCGCUGUACGGCCACCAACAGCCUGGGCACUGCACACCAUGUCAUCAAGGUCACUGUUAAAGCUGCUCCUUUCUGGGUCAGUGCUCCUAGGAACCUGAUCCUCGCCCCAAAUGAGACUGGCAUCCUGACUUGUCGAGUCGGUGGAGUCCCCAAACCAAAGAUUAACUGGUUUGUCAAUGGAGUCCCUAUAGAAAAUGCACCUGAAGACCACAGUCGGAAGGUGGAUGAUGAUACUGUGAUUCUCAGCAAUGUCCAAUCAGGGUCCAGUGCCGUCUACCAGUGUAACGCAUCUAAUGAAUUUGGUUACCUGAUUGCUAACGCUUUUGUCAAUGUUCUUGCUGAACCACCAAGGGUUCUGACUCCACCCAACCGAGUGUACCAGGUCAUCACCAACAGUCCCGCAUUACUUCACUGUGCAUCCUUUGGUUCACCAAUACCAACAAUCACAUGGUUCAAAGACAGCCAGACCAGCAUCAAGAAUGGUGACCCUUAUGUGAUCCAUGAAAAUGGUACCUUAGAAAUCCAUGUGGCCCAGCCUCUGAACAGUGGGAAGUACACCUGCAUUGCAACAAACAACCUGGGCAUCAAAGAGAACCAUGUCUACCUGGAGGUUAAAGAGCCAACUCGUAUUCUUAAGCAACCAGAGUACAAAGUGGUGCAGAGGGGAAUGAGCGCUGUGUUUGAGUGUAAAGUUAAACAUGACCCUACCCUCAUUCCCACCAUGACAUGGCUCAAAGACAAUGGAGAGCUACCAGAUGAUGAGAGGUUUGAGGUGGACACAGACAGUCUGAUCAUCAAAGAUAUAACAGAUGAAGAUGAGGGCACCUACACCUGUAUCAUGAACACCACCUUGGACCAGGACUCAGCCAGUGCCAUGCUGACUGUUGUAGAGGCUACUCCUACUCCAGCUAUUGUCUACGAGAAACCUGACCCUCCGACUGACCUCGAACUGACUGACCAGACAGAGAGGAGUGUUCAGCUCACAUGGAUCCCUGGAGAUGAACACAACAGCCCUACACAAACAUUUCUGAUCCAGUAUGAGGACCUGCUCCACCAACCAGGAGUUUGGGUGAACCUGACUGAGGUUGCGGGUACGAGCACCACGGCCCAGCUGAACCUCUCCCCAUAUGUCUACUACUCCUUUAGAGUACUGGCUCUGAAUCAAGUGGGAUACAGCGACCCCAGUCAGCCAUCACGCCAGUACAGAACUAACCCUGCAGCUCCUGAUGAAAAUCCAUCAGAUGUUCAGGGGGAGGGGAUAGAGCCUGGCAACCUGGUCAUCUCCUGGACACCUCUCACAGGAUUCCAGUCCAAUGGGCCUGGUUUGGAGUACAGAGUGCAGUGGAGACAGAAGGACGUGGAUGAAGACUGGUCUUCGAAGACUGUGGCCAAUGUUUCCCAGUUUGUCGUAUCUGGAACUCCCACCUACGUGCUCUAUGAGAUCAAAGUUCAAGCUUUGAAUGAUUAUGGCAAUGGCCCAGAGCCUGAAGUAGUGAUAGGGUACUCUGGAGAAGACUUGCCUUUGUCGGCUCCUGACAGUGUGCAGAUCAUGGUUCAUAAUAGUACUCUAGCAGAAGUGCACUGGGAACCUGUCGCUGCCCCCUCAGUCAGAGGAAAACUACAGGGAUAUAAGGUGUAUUACCGUCGUGAGCGUGGACUUCAUGAGACAGAGGAGGACGCCGAGCAGCAGGACCAGGUUUUGACAUUCAGCGGGAACCGAAGCGAAGGACGCCUGCCUGGCCUCCAGCCUUACAGCCUCUACAACCUCUAUGUCAAGGUCCUAAAUAGUAAAGGAGAAGGACCUGCCAGCCCCAGCAAGACAUUUGAGACUCCAGAGGGUGUCCCAGGGCCUCCCUCCUUUCUGAAUGUACUUAACCCGAGUUUGGAUGCUCUCUCUCUGGAAUGGGGCCCACCGGUGAACAACAAUGGACGCCUCGCAGGAUACACACUGAAAUACCAACCAGUCAACAGCACCAGUGAACUAGGGCCCAUUAAGGUUAUGACCUUCCUUGCCAAUGAGACCACCAUCACCCUGGGCAACCUAAACUCCAGCAUGCUCUACAAGUUUUACUUAAGUGCAAAGACAAUCAAGGGCUCCGGGCCCACCAUAACAGAGGAGGCUUUCACAGCCAUGGACACAGCUCGUACUCAGUCCACUAUAGAGACGGGCAAAGGUAACCCUGUAGGGCCUGCCUUUGGCACCGUUAACACGUCUUUAUCAGGGGACGGUGCAGUGAUCAGAUGGGAAUACUUUGGACACCAUAAAACUUUUUAUGUGGAAUAUAUUGUAGAAAACAGUAAGGAGGACUGGAAAAAGGAGUUGGUAAACGGGUCACACUCACAUAUGAUUAAAGGUUUAAAGCCGGGGACGUCCUAUAGAGUGCGAGUGGUAGCUAGAGACCCGGCUGUCCCAACGGUCCACAGCACAGACGAGGUGGUGGUUGCAGUGCCAGCUGCACCCAGUCGACAGGUAGACAUUGCCACCCAGGGCUGGUUUAUUGGCCUGAUGUGUGCAAUAGCUCUCCUCAUCUUGGUCCUUCUGAUAGUGUGCUUCAUCAAGAGAAACAAGGGUGGCAAAUACCCAGUGAAAGAAAAAGAAGAUGCUCAUCAAGACCCAGAGAUUCAGCCCAUGAAGGAGGACGAUGGGACAUUUGGGGAAUACAGUGACACAGAGGACCACAAGCCCCUGAAAGGCAGCCGGACGCCGUCCAACGGGACGGUGCGUCGUGAUGAGAGUGAUGACAGCCUGGUGGACUAUGGAGAGGGAGGGGAUGGACAGUUCAAUGAGGACGGGUCCUUCAUCGGCCAGUACAGCGGCAAGAAAGAGAAAGACACACACGAAGGCAAUGAGAGUUCAGAGGCCCCGUCACCUGUCAACGCCAUGAACUCCUUUGUCUAACGAAGGGCCAUGGCCUGGCUGCAAUGUUUGCUACGGCCACUCAUUGUCACCCUGGCAAAUGUGACCAUUGGGACAUCUCUGUGGUGACAAUUGCUCAGGUGACAGUCAUUGUGGACUCCUAUGUUACCAUGGUGGCUGUCACUUCGGUGGUCAUCGCCGUGGCUACCUUUCACCAAGACUGCUGACACGCCUUCAUCUCCACACUUUCCACCUAGACCCCACUACCCCUGUCACCCUGUCACACUGUGACCUCCUCCUCUGAUCAACACAUUAACAGUCAAGACAAAGACACAUCCCACAUGACUAUGGAAACAAGGCAUGAGAUGAGGGAUGGGGUGUCUGAGAAACCAAGAGGGAAGGAGAGAGGAAGCAAUACAGAAAAGCGGAAGGAAUGUACCAGAAAGUUUAACACUCACACUGAGUGGUGGUGUGGCAAAGUGUGUGUGUUAGUGCCAUUUGAUCUCCUUAGCAAACAUUUCUAUACUUAACAUAAUCUAUCCAAAUAUAUAUUUUAUGAGUAAACAUGACCCACAGGAAGGCAAAUAUGCAUUUAAUCAGAAACCAAUUCAUUCACAUCUGCAUGAAGAAUAUUGUUCAUUCUAUUAAGCAUUUGAUUAUUCUCAGAGUUGCAACUCAUGCCCUUUGUUGCAGAGGUGAGCUGCGUGUUUAGACUGUCUGUGAUGCGCGCCUAAUAGCAGCUGGUUAUGCCUCCUAGUGGUUACAUUUUUUCCAGUCGUCAGAAAGUGUUAUAUGGUGUAUGACAUAUAGAAGAAAAAUGGCAGCCUUGUCUUUGUGGGGAAUGCUGUCAAAGUAGAAGCUAGCAUAUGUCUUUUUGAGACAAACAAUUUGUACAUAUGUAAUAGAGUAAAGACAAAGAUAUAUGAUUAUUUAAGGUCAGGGAUGUCCAUUUGUAGUUACUGGAAACCUGGCAAAAAACACUUUGAAUUCAGCAUUUGGUCACUUGUUACACCAGCCAGAACUCCCACACUGAGCCACACCCUGUUAUACCCUCACAGUUUCUUAAGCUGAUUUUUUUGUUUGCAUUUUUUUGCUUUUCUUUCCUGAUCUGUUCCUUUACACAGAGCAUAUGCUUCUUGUUACUGAACACUAACAGAACACUAAUGAAGGUGUGAUUGAUCAAGCGUUGAUUGUCAAGUGCUUCCACCCCAAAUCUCGGCCACUGUGCAAGCCUACAAGUGAUCAAAGUGUCAUCACUUCUUCCAGAACCAAACUAUUUACCCAAAAAUGUUUCCAGUAUUUCCACCUAUAUGCCAUGUAUACUGACAGAGAUGGAAAGAAUAUGUAUGAAAAAUGCACCGUCACAGGAUUAGUGGACCCACCACUGAUUGUGAACAUUUUGACGCUGGUGUUACAGAACCUCUCAGCACGGUUUCUAGUGCCUUUGUGGAGAACAGUGACUUAUAUUCAUGGAGCUACAUCCUUUUUCAUGUAAUAACUGAGAUUAGUGUAGUUUUGAGUAAAACAGGGAGCACCACACUACAUGAGUCAUGUAAUUUUAAAAAUUGUGUUAGUAUGCAUAGCAUUGAAACUUCCAUGAUUCUGUUGAGGUUUUCAGAUGCAUUCAUCUGGGCACAUUAAAACUAAGGACAAAUUGGAUGAAGAUAAUCUUUGAAACAGUUUGUGAAAUCUCUGUGUUUGGCUCAUUGGCCUCAGACAGCCUUUUUGAGUGCUAGGGUUUAUCCACAAGAGGAGAAGUAUACAUUUGUCCACUUCCUGACAGUGGUAUGAGUUAUGAGGAAGACGUUUAAGCUAUAGUGUGUUAUGGCCUUGUUGACAAUCACAUUGCCCAGCUAUCAUCAACUAAUACAAACACUGACUAAUGGAGUCAUAGCGUUCACAUACUGAAGGAAUUUGACCAAGAGGAAGUACGUGGAAUCAGAUAUGAUGAAAAAAGUGCAGGAAACCUGAGGUCAAUGCUGAAAUUGGCAUCAUGAAAGGCAUGGAAGGCUUCAUGUCUCACACCUCCAUUUCAGAUGUUCUUCUCUCAAUCCAUUCACCUUAAGGAGAGACCGCUGCUUCAGCAGCAUUAAACUACUGCCAACAAACUCACCAGGUAACUGCCAACAGGAAGCAGACAUGCAUAACUGUACGGACAACUAGAAUGAGACUUACUGUUAAUGGUAGCACUUAGAAGCUAAACUGAUGGGGUUGGAAAACUGCAUAAAGAUUCUGAAUGUGGAAACAAGUGGAUUUAUCUGUCUAUGUGAAUGAAAAUAUUGCUUGUUUCACUGCAAAUGGUAUACACACUGGUGACUUUGGUUUAUGCAUUUAACCUUAUAUUUGUGUAUGUUGUCACGUUAUGCUGUAACAAAGCAUCAAGUGUGUACAGCAAGCACUCGGUGAGUUUUAUAUUACUGUAAAUGAAUGAAGCUCAUGUGUGGAUGUUUGGGUGCAUGAGUGUGUGUGUAUGUGUGUAGCACAUGCAUGCUAUUGUGUUGAAGCGUGCGUGAUGUAUACUAUCGCUUUCUAUUUCCAUGGAUAACAGUUGUGUAUCAAGCAGUCUACUCCUACUCUCAAAAGGAGAUGAUUUUUUUUCCCGAGAAGUUUAACAUUUCAUGUCUUAGGUUUAUCAUAACUUGCAUCAAGUUUUUAGGUUCAAUGUAUCAGCUUUCAACAUGUAGAUAUUUUUGUUGUAAUUUGUAAAUAAAGGCUUGAACUGAACGUGUUGAGGUCUGACAUGAGAACCUGACCUCAAUCAACCCUGCUGCAUCAUGGGUAGAUGGAUAUUUUGGGCAAAGUGGUUGUAUGGGAUGACACUAUUUACGGUUUUAUUUGCUGUGAUUUUUUUUUUUUUCUUUUUUUUUUCUUUUUUUAUUUGAACUUGUCAGGUGUAUUUUUUGGCUCAAAUGUUUAGCCUAUCAGGUAUCAAAAGAGGUUUAGUUGUGAAUGAGCUCUUGUGACACCUUGUUUCUGUCUGACAGUUCAUGCACCUUUUCUGUAUUUUUUUUAUAUAUAUCUAUAUAUAUAAAAAGCACGCACUUAAAGAGGAUGUAUCAUUUCAAAAGCAUCAGUGUAUCUAAUUUUGGACAACAUCUCUGAAUAUCUGAGCGUGCUAGGAAAUACUGUUGUUCCAAACUAGAUGUCUCCUGAAAAUGGCACCUGCUGUUUAAGACUGUGCAUUAAAAAAAUAGUUUGGAGCAUAUAGGAGGAUAGCAUGGACAGAUAAGGUGACUAGCACAUUGCAGUGUGAAUAGUCUAACCUGGAAACAAUGCUCUGUUGACUGGUGAACAGUAGGAUAUACAGUAUAUGAUAUGAUAUAAUGACACUCUGGUUAAUGUUGAAGCUACAUGAGAAGCAUGAAAGGCUGUCAAAAUGGUUUACUCUACAAUAUAAUAUUACAAAAUAUUUUGUAUUUUAAAUUAAGUUUAAAAAAUGAAAUAAAUGUUGGUUUCAGGAUUUCA